AUGGAAGAAUCCACUAUCUCAUUCACCGGUGAAUCUGAUAUAUGUCAACAACUCCUACACCGUUACAGCAAAUCCAUUGCACCUCAACACUUCCACCUCUGCGCAAUUGCUUCUGCUUUUCUUUCUACCGCCCAAUCUGAAUCUCGGUCCCUCACUCCCCUCGAUUACUACUAUGCCACCAUUGAUGCCCUCCUUGAUUCCUCCAAAACAGAUAAUAAUGAUGCUGAUGAUGUAGUAUCUGCGCUGUCGUCCUUUUUGGCACUUGUGUUACCUCUGGUUCCUAAGAAGUCUAUAGAUAUGUCCACCGCGGCUAGGGCUGUGGAAAUUGUGGUCAAUCUGUUAGAUAAUUCAUGUCAGGGUUUGCAGGUUUCGAGAGUGAGGGCUUUGCUCAAGUGUUUGGGAUUGUUGCUGGAGUUGUGUAAUUCGGCCGAUUCGAAAUUCGUUCAAUUAGGUUUCCAGACGCUCAUCAAGCAUGCAAUAGAUAAACGUCCAAAGGUUAGAAAAUGUGCUCAAGAUCGUGUUGUGAAGGUCUUCAAGUCUUUCCAAUCUCCUGUUGUCAAAAACAGUGCAAGCAAGUUGGUGCUAAAAUCAUUCAAAACAUGUAUGUCCUCGGCAAUUAAAACAGUUGGUUCAAGAUCAGCAGAUGGUUCUAAAGAUGAUCUUGUAUCAAAAUGUAAACACUUAGAGGUUCUUCGCAUGUUCGAUUUGUUGAAAAUUCUGCUCCCUUGUUUACCAAGCGAAGUCAUAUCAAAAGCCAUUGUAGAAUUACAAAAAUCUUUAAGUACCAAGUUCUCACUGUUGGCGAUGCAUGCUUUGGAUUUCAUGGAAGAGAUACUUCGAUUCUUUGAAUCUGAAUCUGAACCCGAACCCGAACCCGAACCUGAACUUACAAUGUCAGAUAAAGUAAAGAUAGUAAAAAAAUGGAAUUGCCAUUAUUCAUUAGUCAUUGGUUCUAUAGCAGGUCUUUUGAAGACAUCUGAGGCUACUGCUAUAAGGGCUUCAAAUAUUUUAAAAGAAAUGAUAAACCGUGUAGAUUUAUAUGAACAUGUAGAUACUGACGGAUCCAAGGAAUCAAGAAUAGUGAAAUCCUUAUGUGAUGCACUUCUAGAAGUUCUGAGUACACAGAAAGGAACUCCAAAUGAGCAUUCUUUGGCUGUCAUCUCUGAUUUAUUUCGCGAACUUUGGGAAUAUUCUCAUACAUACAUGGGCAACAUACUUUUAAAGCUUGCUAGUUUUAUGACAACCGCAUCUGGUGAUGUAAAACAUCUUCAGGAGUGUAUCGGGUCUGCCAUAAUUGUUAUGGGACCUGUUAAAGCACUUGCACUGUUACCUAUCUCACAUGAUGCCGAUGAUCUAACAUUCUCAAAUACUUGGUUGAUACCCAUAUUGAAGGAAUAUACAUGUAGAUCAUACUUGGAGUUUUUUAUUCAAAGUAUUGUGCCUCUAGCUGAAUCCUUCCGGGAAGCAUCCCAAAAAGUUAAAAGAUCAGAAAUUAGAGAAGAACUACAGUCUCAUGCACGUGGUUGUUGGGGAUUACUGCUCGCCUUUUGUCGCCAACCAAUUGACAUGCAUGAAACUUUUGGAUCUUUGGCGAAGCUUCUGAUUUCAUACAUAGAAAAAGAUGCGUAUAUGCUGGAGGAUAUUGCCAUUGCAUUGCAGCAUCUUGUGAAUGACAACAAAAACUGGAGUUCAUUGGAUGAUGAUCAGACUUCCAAACUUCCAAGGAUCGAUUACGACAAAAAAAUUGCUACCAGAAACAUCAAGGCCUUGUCGUCAUGUUCAGAGGAGUUAUUGAUGGCUUUUACCCAAGUUUUCUUUCAAGUGUCACCCAUGAAGCGUGCUUUUGUAAAGGAUACGAUUGGAUGCUUGGCACUUGUUACUGAAUAUUCAACAAUAAAAGUGAUUUUCAUUUCAUCACUUAAGCUGAAUGUUUCUGUAGAGAAAAUCAGAGUUGAUGCAAAUAUGUGUCUGCUACUAGAACUAGCAUCAUCUUUUGUUGGGGCAACUAGCAUUGAUCCUACUGAUCUUAUAUACGACUUUAUUAAGGAUUGCUUGCAGGAAGAGAAUGACAACCUUCAAAGUGAAGCAUAUGCCACUCUUUACAAAAUCUUGGAGGAAUGUUUUGAGUUCAAGUCUUCAAAAUUUGAGCAACUUAUGGAUUUAUUACUUGAUUUGAAGUCCCCUGUCGAUAUUAUUUCACUUAGACGGCGGUUUUCGUGCUUCAAGAUCUUGUUAGUUCACUCCAUUGAGAUAACUCGCGAUGGAGAGAACACGUAUGGUGUUCAUAUGCUGAAUGAAAUCAUAGUGACAAUAGCAGAUUCCAAGGAAGAAAGUAGAAAAGUGGCACACGACGUCCUUCGAAAGACAAGUUCAAUCUUGAAAAAAACAUCUUUAUCUAAGAGAAAAAGAGCACCUUAUUAUGAAUUCAUCACCAUGAUAAUGGGGUAUAUCUCUGGGUCUUCUCCUUGCAUAAAAAGUGGUGCAGUCUCUGCGCUGUCUGUACUAAUAUCUAACGACUCAGAAAUUUGUCAUUUGAUGCCCGAUCUUGUGUCAGAAAUCCUUGAAUUGCUGGAUAGUGAAGACAUACAAGUUACAAAAGCUGUUUUAGGGUUUUUAAAGAUGUUGGUUUUGAGCCUUCAAGCGAGAGACUUGCAGAAGUUCUUGUCUGAUAUCUUAGAAGAACUUCUUCCAUGGUCAUCUAUUUCUCAACAUCAUAUCAAAUCAGAAGUGACAUUAAUUUUUGAGAUUAUGAUGCGGAAAUGUGGUUCUGCAUUGGUCAAAUCUCUUGUACCAGAGAAAUACCGAGAUUUUGUUGACAAUGAUCGUAAAGGCAAGACAAGUUUCCCAGAAGACGUCAUGUCAUAGAUACGAUACAACAAGUUUCCCAGAAGACGUCAUGUCAUAGAUACGAUACAACUCUCUAACGGGUGUAAACUAUGCUUAACUAGUUUUAGGUGUUUGUUUUUGAAGAGGUAAAUGUUGUGUUAAUCCAAACCAAGUCGAUCGCGUGAUUAUCUUUAGGGGUAUUUUUAGUCCUUGUAGAGUUUGAAUAAGGGGUCGUUUGAUAGUUGCUAACUGGGUUGAAAGCUGACCGAGUUAGAAAUUCUGACUGAGUUAGCUUCUGACCGAAACUUGUUGUUUGAUUUUGUACAUGACUGACUGUGCAAAAUGACUAUAACCUUAAACAAC